CUCUCCAAGGCUGCUACUAGGUGUGACUUUAGCAGCCGGUGGCCAUGCUUUAGGGAGGAACCUAAAGACUUGGAGUGGUUGCUGAGCUAUUUGCUGGGUGCCCCUGUGAAUUGUUGGGCUCUUGAGAGCUCAAAAUAUGAAGGAGAGGAAGCUUUUUGCUGGAGGUUUAGAAGUGGGUCUGGCGUUGAGCACAACCCACUGGAGAGGCUCUACUAGCGCGGCCUUGGGGAUGGGGCCCUUGCGCUGUAAUCCGUAAUGGCCACCCUCCCUCCUUUGGCAGACAGGCGUCUGCACUCGACCAGGGGAGCGGCCACCUGGGCCUGAGACUGCGGUGCCUUUGUGCCUUUUUUCUCGGGGCACGAGGUGGGCGCUGGGGGAGCUCUGGGGAAGGCCCUGGGAGUCCCGCCAGGACGCCUUAGUUGGGGAGAAGUGGAAUCUCUUCUCCCCCUUGCCAGCCUCGCCCGCAUCGUAAUUCUUUUUAUUUUUACUUUCGAGCCAUGUAAGGUAUGCGGAUGGGGUAGUAGCGUUCCGGAGACACGUAGCCAGCGGCGCAAAGCCGGCCCGCCCGCGUGGCCUGAGCCCGGGGUAGAGACAGGCCGUGCGCCUCUGGCCCCACCAGCCACGCCGCCCACGGCCGGGGCUGCCCCAGGUCGUGGAACCCUGAGCCGGCCACCCAUGCCCCGCGGUGCCGCGGGAGACGAAUCCAUGCGGCCCAGCCCGGCCGCGUUCCCGGCUGCGACCUGGGAGCGCCUAGGCAAGGGGCCGAUCGCUGUGCGGGGGGAGCAGGCAGAGCUGGUCCCGGCGGGUCCGCACCCUGCGCCCCAGGCCGCCCGCGGCCCGGCCCACGUUUUCCCUCUCUCCCGCUCCCUCCGCCCCCUGCGCUCCGUCCCUCCCCUUCGCUCCCCUCCCUCCCCGCGCUUCCCCUCCUCCUGCCUGGUCAUGUGUCGCCUUUUUUUGUUUGCAGUGGAAACAAUUUCUCGCCGCUCGACGCGCCCCGGCCCGACGCGCCGCGGCGGAGGCGAGCGGGAGGCGGGACGGGGCGGAGAGAGCGGCGGGGCCGGCGGGAGGACGCGCUGCGCGCCGGCUGGACGCCGCAGGUCCCAUGCCGCGCCGCGACCCCCGCGCCCCUGCCGCCCGCACCCGCGGCCGCCCCCCGCCGCCCGCUGCCCCGGGCUCGCCGCGCCGCGCCCGCGCGUCCUUAGCCGGGCCACCAAGCGAUGCCCGCUGGGCGCCCGCGAAAGUUUGUCGGCUCCCGCUAAAGGGCAGCGGCGCCCCCGAGCCCCCGCGCCCCGCUCCGGCCAGAGUAUUGGGAAAGGGUCAUUGUGGUGCAUAGACCCGGAGUAUAGACAAAAUCUAAUUCAGGCUUUGAAAAAGACACCUUAUCACCCACACCCUCAUGUGUUCAAUACACCUCCCGCCUCUCCUCAGGCAUAUCAAAGCACAUCAGGUCCACCCAUCUGGCCGGGCAGUACCUUCUUCAAGAGAAAUGGAGCCCUUCUACAAGAUCCUGACAUUGAUGCUGCCAGUGCCAUGAUGCUUUUGAAUACUCCCCCUGAGAUACAAGCAGGUUUUCCGCCAGGAGUGAUCCAGAACGGAGCGCGGGUUCUGAGCCGAGGCCUGUUCCCCGGAGUCCGGCCAUUGCCAAUAACUCCCAUCGGAAUGACGGCCGCCAUGAGGAACGGCCUGGGCAGCGGCAGGACACGGACAGAGAGCGAGCCGUCGUGCGGCUCCCCGGUGGUCAGCGGGGACCCCAAGGAGGAUCACAACUACAGCAGUGCCAAGGCCGCCGCCGCCAGGAGCGCCUCGCCCGCCAGCGACUCGGUCUCCUCCUCCUCGGCCGAGGACCACGAGGAGUUUGCCACCAAGGGGAGCCAGGAGGGCAGCGAGGGCAGCGUGCCGAGCCGCGAGAGCCACAGCGAGGCGGAGGAGGACGAGCGCAAGCACGGCCCCCGGGAGGCCCCCGGCGACGCGGCCCCGCACAAGAAGCGCCAGCACCUCGCCAAGGCCAGGCGGGUCCCCAGCGACACGCUGCCCCUCAAAAAGAGACGCACGGAGAAGCCCCCCGAGAGCGACGACGAGGAGAUGAAGGAGGCGGCGGGGUCGCUCCUGCACUUGGCAGGCAUUCGGUCCUGUUUGAACAACAUCACCAAUCGGACGGCAAAGGGGCAGAAAGAGCAAAAGGAAACCACGAAAAAUUAAAAAAAACAAGUCACUGAUUUGUUUUGAACUGAACGGCCAUUUGGUUUCAGCAUGUCAGGAGAUUUCUAAUGAUUUGUGGCAAUAUCAGCAAUUUCUUUUUUUUUUUUUCUUUUCUUUGUUUUGGGUUUGGUUUUCUUUCCUUUUUUGUUUUCUUUUCUUCUCUAAUUUGCCCCCCCCCCUCCUUUGUUUUGGACCCUUGAGAAUUUUACGUUUAAAGGAGAUUGAAGCCAUAGACUCAUUGACAUUCAGCUGUUUUACAAACGCUUCUCAUUAUCUGAAGACAAAACCGAAAAAGCCAAAAUUUAUCAUUGCUUCCUCCCGCUGGCCCGAGGCCGUGGCUGGCUCCGCAGGGGUGUCGAGGAUGCCACGGAAAGCCCGUGUUUGGCGCCUGCAAGGCAAGGUCAUCAUCGGUCAGGCCUAACCGUUAGGUUUACAAGGUCAGGAUGUCCACCCAGUGGGGUUCACUGAGUGAAUGUGCGUGAGGCAACUGGGGAGAAGGAAGAGCCCCUCGCCCCCCAGGAGCAGGCCCAGGCUUGUGGCACCAGGCAGCGUCUCGUGCCAGGAAACCCUGGGCACUGCCGCUCAGCGUUCGGGGUGGGGGCGGGGUCCCCGGGCCUCAGUGCUUCUUAGUCCUGAAGCCUCCUGAUGUCUGGCGGUGGACACUGGACCAUUCACGGACACUGGUGUCAAUGACUAAGGAAAGGAAAUGGGGUCAGUUUUUAGUGAUGUUCCUAAUCAUUGAAUUCUGUUCUAUCUGAAAUUAAGAGAAUGUUCCACAAGCCAUAAGCCUGAAGGGUUGGCCCUGCACACACACACACACACACACACACACACACACACACACACGAGAGUGAGAGAAAAGCCACAGACAGGCUGUUUUCUUAACUGCCCAAGUGAAAAUCAAGUCCAAGAAAUUACAAUAGUUGUCAAGGAAGGAAAAAAUGGUACAAACCUUUUUUUGUCAAAACUAUUUGAUCCAAGCGGGGGGAAAAAAACAAGCAAAAAGCUAUGGAACCUGCCAUUAGUACUGUGGUCUAUUUUUUAAAGAUGAAAGGCACAUUGAUGGACACACACACACACACACCAAAAAAAAAUGUGGCAAAAAGGCAAAAGAAAACUCCUAUACUGCCCUCAAAAUGGAGUUUGCAGAUCAUGUCAGUCAGGAUUCAUCUUUGCAAAAAUCAGUGAUUUCCACAGUCAGCCCGUUGUAGCCAGCAGAAAUUUCCGAUCCACAAUGCAUGGAUUCCUUCUAAAAAGAAAAAGGAAAAAAAAAAAUCAUAAAAACACAAACUUUUUUUUAUUCAAAAAUAAAGUUCUUGUAAGGUAAAUAAUGUAUUUAGCAUGAAGCAUGAAUUAUUUUCAUAUAAAUAUAGAACAUAGAGAAAAGGCUAUGCCUCUAAUGUUUAAGCCUUAGGCUUAGAGGUUCUUUGGGUUUUCUUUUUUGUUUUGUUUUUCCUUUUGUUUUGGUUUUUUUUUACCCAAUUAUUUUGUUUUGGUUUUUUGAAGCAGGUGUUUAAGGUUUAACCUUCUUCAGGGACAAAUUCUGACUGUUGGGGAACUAACUCUGCAAUAUAAAACUAUUUCAUGUUCCGGUAGGGCCUGCCUUGUCUGCACUUCAGCCCCAACCCCCUUCUGAUUCUCUGUGGAAAGUGUGUCCUUUCUCUAGUGUCUGGACAUGUUUAUCAUGAUGCAAUAAUGUGAGGGCAAACUUCGUAGCGAGUGUGUAUGUUAGAAUCGAGAGAAUUAGGGGACGCUGACUGGGGAAACCAUCACCGCAAUUUGGUCCUAGGAAAAAGGCAGUGGAUAAUUAUGCAAAUUCGUCAGGAGAAGGGAAACAACGCUAAUGGGCCUUAUUAGAUGAGGGUGUGAGUUAGGGGUCAUGGGAAGGCGGAAGCGACACAGGUGUGGGAAGGACCGGCCCACAGUUUUCCUGUGACUCCCUGUCACGGUGGGAAGGCGGGGCCGGCCAUCUCUACCACCUCCGCACACGAACCAGCCUGGAUUUAAGCCCAUCUAGAUUGUGAGAGCAAAACUCAGACCACAGGACGAUGUCCCGCAGCCCAGAAACUCCUGUCCUCUAAGUGUGAUCUCCCACCCAAGUGGAGGGGAACUGAAAGACACCAACAAACACCCGCCACUGUGGCUCAGGAUGUGACGGGGAGGGACAGAAGUGGGUCGUGUUGAUCUUUAAAAACGGGCAGGGAAACUGCUGCGUGCCUCGUGCCCAGCUUCCUGUGGUUGCUGAUGAGAGACCCUGAAGAAGUCACCUGCACACCAGGUCGGCUUCGUUAUCUGAACCUGAACCUGAACUCUUCCCGCAUAUUCAGUCAGUGGGGAGAAGGGAGUAAGGAUAUAGUUUUGAAGUACUCCGUUCCCUCCAUCUCACCCAACAUUCGACACCCCAAAAGCCAUGCACAGCUCUGAAACCCGAGGGACACUGGUUUGUGUUGUCACCUGAUCAAGCCCAGGAAACACCGCCCCACCCCCCAGGUAAAAUGUAGACUUCCCCCCCAGAAAGGCAGAUACAGGUUCAGGACUGUUUCUGGCAAGGGAGGGGGGGCGGUUCUUCCAAUUUAAACCCCCCACGGUGGGCUGUCUCCCCUCAUUUCAUUUUUCUAAAGGAGCAAAGGCCUCUUUUAGAAAAUAAUAAAAUGCAAUGUGUGUGAUUUACUUUUCUGAUCUCUCUUGAGAAAUAGAUAACUAUCUUAUAAAAGUGUGUUCUUAACUCCAGAACCACUCUUUUUGCAUAAAUACCUCAUUGGGCAGCUUUCUAAGUGUUAUUUUCCUUGAGUUCCCUCGGCCCCUUCGCAGGGGCUGCCGGGGGACUUCCAGGGAAAACUUUAGUGAGGGUACUUUUUUCUAUUUUUCUUCUGUUUUGGGGGGCAUACACAUUAUGCAUAACCAAAACAAUGGCUCAAUUGUGUUUAAACUUUGUAUUUCGAUUGUUUGGGGGGGGGGGGGAUGUGUAUGUGGCCGUUUGUAGUGAGUUCAUUGCCGAAGGAGGCUGUCCACGCCCUCACCACGCCAGGGGCAGGAGCACCCCCUCCCCAGCCCCUCCAGGAGCAGCAGAGAAUUUAAGCACAAGCCUAUUUGUGAGAGAGUCUUUUUGCUCGCGUGUCAUUCACUUUAGUCUUGGAAUUCCUUCCCGAACGUCAGGUGUUCUGUAGCUUCCACACCAGCCUGUGUACUCAUUAGUCUGACAGGUCGCCCGGGCUCCAUUCGCCGGGUGCGGCGGUUUGGCUUUUGUGUCUCCCGCGGGAGCAGUGGCGUUUCACGUGUCAUUCAUUCCAGUAUCUCACCUACUCGUGGGGGGGGGGGGGGGGUCGGGGAACUAUAGCAAUAUUUCCAGAUGCGUUGGAAAGCAGCCGUGAACACUUGAGCACCGUAACAUCUGCCGUUACUUGCUGUUGGCCCUUGGGCACAUUUAAGAGAAAGAGGCCAUAGCUCUUUUUUCUUAAAUGACUUACACGUAGACAGUUAUUUUUAUGCUACUACCGUGGUCUUCUAUCUUUAUCUACUAGUACUCUGUGGAAAGGGUUUGUCUGCAUCAUGGAUUUCAUUCCCAGCCUUAUAAUCUACCAUAGCUCCUAUGCCCCCUCCCUCCUCAAGUCGGUAUACUUUUGAGAGUCCUUUGGUCAAGUUGUCUUACCUGGAAAUGGCCCAAACCCACAUGGAGAGGGUGGUUGGAGACAGCCCUGGCCAAGACCGCGGUGGCGAGUUUCCGUCCUGGGCGGGGCUGAGUGUGUGCGAAGGCUAGUGUCAGUGGCCUCUCCCAAGAACCGGUUUUCCUUGGAGAAGCAGGUACUACCAGGGGGCAGCCUGCAAGAGGCCAUGUCUCUGAGCGCUGUUCCUGCCCGAGGGACAGCGUCUGGCUGUGGGCUCUGCAGAGUGAGUGCCGCCUGGAUGGCUCCUGUGCCCGCUCCUCCCUGGCACAGCCCAGGCCUGCUCAGCGCCAGGUGCUGCGCCCACACCGCGUGCAGGCCCCGGGCCCUGGCGGAAGGGCUCUUGGAGAAGGAGUCAUGCCUACGAGUGACCUAACGGGAGGGUCUUCCCUAUGGGACUGGAUGGGUUCAAUGUGACUUCUCUUUCCCUUUAAACUUGAUUCAGGUUGGGAGUCCUUUCUUUCUGGUGGAUCACAGCUGCCCAGAUGUUGCAAUUUAUUUUCAUGUUUCUGUAGAGAAGUGUUUUUUCUUUCAUCUUCAGGAUGUUUUUUUUUUUGCCACCAAAAGAACACAUAUGAACUCUGUGUCGUUGUCCCCCCUCCCCCCCGCCCUCCCCCCCGAUUGUGACUUAACCAGUGUUGACAGUUAAAUCCUUAGUGUCAUAGGUCCCGGCCCUCCAAUACUAUAUCAAACACUGUUAUGCACAUAAUGCAGCACUGUGAUCUAAUUUAAAUAAUACUUUUUUAUUAUUUAUACUACUAUAUAUAAUAUACAUCCACACUUUUGCUAUAUAACCUAAGUGGAUAACCCUCUCUUAGUUACCUGCCAAACUCGGGACUUUGGUUUCUAUUGCAGUUAACGCAGUUACAACGUCGUAAUGGUGUCCUCUUUUUCCCUUUGUAACGGAAUGUGUAAAUCAAAGUGUAUACAUUGUGUGGUGUUCCUGUUUCUGGAGUUUCACGAGGAUUUACACACAGCAUUCAGUGUUCUGUAUAGACCCGCCCACCUUUGUGAAAUUCACCUGUCAGCCCCUCUCCCUUCGAGAGAGCACCCACCCGCCCUGGGGGUUCCCUCCUUGUUUCCUCUCUCCUACUGGUCAUCCUUGAAUCAAGCACAGACUCAUCAGCUCGGUUGCUUUAUCAUGAGAACAUGCGUGUGACGUUGCCAUUCUUCCACAGUUCUACAAACAAGUGCUAGCUUCACCGACCAAAAAAAUUAAGGAGGGAAAAUCCGAUUUUAAAAAAAAAAACAAAAACAUCUUUUAACAGCCGAAACCGAUGUGUCUAUGGUGCUGUAUCCUGCUGUCUGUCGUACUUUUGAAACCAGACCUAGGCGAAAGAUCACUUCUGACUUACCUGUGAUGUACUCACAAGCCCCCGUCCUGUUCGUUUCGUUCCCGUUGAAAUCAAGAGUAUUUAUUGGGGAUCUAUACAACAGUGUUUUCCACUGUGUUUCAUUUGCAAAGGCGGAGAACACCCUUCCCUGCUUUUGCAAAUAAUUAAUAUUCCAUAUUGGAUUCUCGACGACUUCGAUAUGGCGAACCUGUCAAACCUAGAAUUGUAUUCCAUCCUUUCAUGACUGUGGCCUGAGUUCCCUGACAUCCCCCACCCCCCUUUUAUGUUAAGAUGAAACUUAGCACCAUUUCAGUUCUGUAAACAUUCAGCUUCUCCUGCAAAUGUGCAUGGAGGCCGUCCAAGCUCAUAGCCGAUUCAGUAGCCAGUUCCGCGCCGCGUCGUCCACACUCACUCCUUACACUGCCAUGGUGACAAUGUGGAGGAAACAGUAUCCGUGUGUGUCUGGGACGCAUCCUACACUUGUACCAUUUUUUAAAAAAAUAUAUACUCUUGAUUCUGUGACACUUCUGAGGUGUGUUUUUGUUUUGCAGAAAAAUAACAGUGAUAAAGCAAUCAGAAGACCCAGAGGUUGACUCUCAAGGCUUAGGGUCGACCUUCUGACCUUUGCUGGCCAAUCGACCUACAUGGCCAAAUUAAUGUAUUAGAGUCAUACUUGUUCAGAAGCCAAUUUUCUUUUCUGUAUUUUCUGUAUGAAACUGCCAAUAUCACGACUAGGAAGGGAGAACCGUAGAGGAGAAGGAAGGUGGCGUUCCGUCGCGUUCGCGGUCCGCAGCAGGGAGGAGGCAGGCACGACGGGCCGAACUUGAGGGACCUGAUGGUGUUGCUUUGGAGGUAUCCAUCCUUGCGUUUCGCAUUCUUCAUAUGUAAUCAUAUUGCCAAAGACAAACUAUUUCAUCAUUUAUUGUAAAUAACACUUUCCCCCAGACCUACCAUAAAGUUUCUGUGAUGUAUUGUCUUCCAGUUGCAAUAAAAAUUACUGAGUUGCAUCAA